GAAUGAAAUUUACAGAUUGAUGGAAGUGUCCAUAUUGGCCUUGGACGAAUCGGAUAGGUUACGCGAACAACAAGACAUUGAAGCCGAGCAACGUCGAAUAGAAUGGGAACGAAUGCUUGAGGAAGAAAGAAAGCAACGUGAAGAAGCUAUAUUAAUGGAAUUAAAUGCCGAAAAAGAGACUUCGUCUACCAAUGGUACUUUACAAAAUAAUAAUGUUAAAGCCAGACUAACACUUAGUCUUGCUUCAAAGCGUCGCGCAGCAUUAAUGGCUCCUGCCGAAGAAGAGGAAUUUGAUGACGAAGAAGGUAUUGAAUCAAAACGAAAGCGUCGAAUUUUAGUUCCGUUAGAAUAUAGUGAUAAUGAGGAUGAUGAAAGAAAAACAGAAGAAAGGAAAAAGAAAAUUAAAGAUUUAGUAGAAAAUAUACCAACAGAUAAGGAAGGACUUUGGAAUUGGAAUGUCAAAUGGGAAGAAUUAGAUGAGAAUAUUCUUAACAAAAAGUUACAGCCAUUUGUAAGUAAAAAAAUUGUUGGAUAUCUUGGCGUACAAGAAGAUGAAUUAGUUUUCUUUGUAAUGGAUCAUUUGCGUAAUAAAAAGUCGGCUGCAAAUCUAACCAAGGAGAUGGAGAUGACUUUAGAUGAAGAAUCCGAACUAUUCGUAAUGAAAUUAUGGCGUAUGUUAAUUUUUGAAACAGAAAGUAAAGCGAGAAAAAUAUAA